AUGAAAUCUGCUGCUCUUAUCUUAGUAUCCCUUCUUGUUCUAAGCUCAGUUAAUGCACAAAGUAGUUCAUAUGUUCCUACUUUUACCACUAAUUAAACUGCUCUUUAAAACUAUUCCACUUGUACUGCACCUAUCAUGACUUAAACCCCUUGUAGUGCUUCAUCAAAUGCAGCUGCUUGUGGCACUGCUCUAACAGCUUAUAUGUCAUGCUAUGGUGGUUGUAUGUCUAAAACCUCAUAUUCUGACUUUAACAGUUGUGUUAAUACCUGUGGUACUACUGCAACUGGAUAAAGUAGUGAUCUUUCCUCAUAUGUUAGUUCAAUGAAUGGCUGUACCAGCAAGCUUAGUGGCUCUCUUUUAUCUUUAUCUGCUUUACUCUUAUUCGUUUUAGCUCUUGUUUUCUGA